AUGGAGGCUAAACUAAGUCAAGGCCUUUACCCACUACACCGUUGCAAAACCAUACAUCUGGUGAGGCAUGCUCAAGGGGUUCACAAUGUAGAAGGAGAGAAGAACUUUGAUGCUUACUUAUCUGAAGAUUUCUUUGAUGCACAUCUUACACCUUUCGGAUGGCAACAAGUUGAUAAUCUACACAAGCAUGUUAAGACGAGUGGGAUAUCCAAUAGAAUUGAGUUGGUCGUUGUGUCUCCUCUCCUAAGGACUUUGCAAACUGCCAUUGGAACUUUUGGUGGGGAAUACAAUGGUGUUGAUGCACCUCCGCUUAUGAUCGCAGGUGCAGGAAACAGCGGUCGUCAUACUAUUGGGAGCUUAAAUUGUCCACCAUUCAUUGCAGUUGAAUCUUGCCGGGAGUAUUUAAUUUGGUAUGGUUACUUACCUUUUGGUGUUCAUCCUUGUGAUAGAAGAAGCAAUAUCACCAAGUACUGCGAAUUAUUUCCCGCCAUUGAUUUUUCACUGAUAGAAACAGAGAAAAAAUGUUUUGUGGAAGCCUAA